GGCUGCGAGCGCCGGCGGUGGCUGCCGGAGGAGAGGCCCCUCCUUCUCGGCCCGCUCAUUUCUCUCGCUCGCGGCCGAGCGGGCUCCCGACCCUUCGCUGGCCAUGGCCGGCAACGUGAAGAAGAGCUCGGGAGCCGGCGGCAGCGGCUCGGGGGGCUCGGGAGCCGGCGGCCUCAUCGGGCUCAUGAAGGACGCCUUCCAGCCGCACCACCACCACCACCACCACCUCAGCCCGCACCCUCCCGGCACGGUGGACAAGAAGAUGGUGGAGAAGUGCUGGAAGCUCAUGGACAAGGUGGUGCGGUUGUGUCAAAACCCAAAGCUGGCACUCAAGAACAGCCCACCUUAUAUCUUAGACCUGCUACCUGACACCUACCAGCAUCUCCGCACUGUCUUGUCGAGAUACGAGGGGAAGAUGGAGACACUUGGAGAAAAUGAAUAUUUUAGGGUGUUCAUGGAGAAUUUGAUGAAGAAAACUAAGCAGACUAUAAGCCUCUUCAAGGAGGGAAAAGAAAGAAUGUAUGAGGAGAAUUCUCAGCCUAGGCGAAACCUAACCAAACUAUCCCUGAUCUUCAGCCACAUGCUGGCAGAACUGAAAGGUAUCUUUCCAAGUGGACUCUUCCAAGGAGACACUUUUCGGAUUACUAAAGCAGACGCUGCAGAAUUUUGGAGAAAAGCUUUUGGGGAAAAGACAAUAGUUCCUUGGAAGAGCUUCCGACAGGCCCUUCAUGAAGUGCACCCUAUCAGUUCUGGCCUGGAGGCCAUGGCUCUGAAGUCCACUAUUGAUCUGACUUGCAAUGAUUAUAUAUCUGUUUUUGAAUUUGAUAUCUUUACACGACUGUUUCAGCCUUGGUCCUCUUUGCUCAGAAAUUGGAACAGCCUUGCUGUAACUCACCCUGGUUACAUGGCUUUCUUGACAUAUGAUGAAGUGAAAGCACGGCUCCAGAAGUUCAUUCACAAACCUGGCAGUUACAUAUUCCGGCUGAGCUGUACUCGUCUGGGUCAGUGGGCUAUUGGCUACGUAACUGCUGAUGGGAACAUUCUGCAGACAAUCCCACACAAUAAACCGCUCUUCCAAGCACUGAUUGAUGGCUUCAGGGAAGGCUUCUAUUUAUUUCCUGAUGGACGAAAUCAAAAUCCCGACCUGACAGGUUUAUGUGAACCAACUCCACAAGAUCAUAUCAAAGUAACCCAGGAACAAUAUGAAUUAUACUGUGAGAUGGGCUCCACAUUUCAACUAUGUAAAAUAUGCGCUGAAAAUGAUAAGGAUGUAAAGAUUGAGCCCUGUGGUCACCUCAUGUGCACAUCCUGCCUUACAUCAUGGCAGGAAUCAGAAGGUCAGGGCUGUCCUUUUUGCCGAUGUGAAAUCAAAGGUACUGAGCCUAUCGUGGUGGAUCCAUUUGACCCCAGAGGCAGUGGCAGUCUGUUAAGACAAGGAGCAGAAGGAGCUCCUUCCCCAAAUUAUGAUGAUGACGAUGAUGAACGAGCUGAUGAUUCUCUCUUCAUGAUGAAGGAGUUGGCAGGUGCCAAGGUGGAAAGGCCUUCCUCUCCAUUCUCCAUGGCUCCACAAGCUUCCCUUCCUCCAGUGCCACCAAGACUUGAUCUUCUACAACAGCGAGCAUCUGUCCCUGCUGGCUCUUCAGUUCUGGGGACGACUUCUAAGGCUGCUUCUAGCUCUCUUCAUAAAGACAAACCAUUACCAAUACCUCCCACACUUCGAGAUCUUCCACCACCACCUCCUCCAGACCGGCCUUACUCUGUUGGGACAGAAACACGGCCUCAGAGACGCCCCCUGCCUUGUACACCAGGCGAUUGUCCAUCUAGAGACAAACUACCCCCUGUCCCCUCUAGCCGCCCAGGGGACUCAUGGUUGCCUCGGCCAAUCCCUAAAGUACCAGUAGCUACCCCAAGCCCUAAUGAUCCUUGGAAUGGAAGAGAACUGACCAAUCGACACUCACUUCCAUUUUCAUUGCCCUCACAAAUAGAACCCAGAGUAGAUGUUCCUAGGCUUGGAAGCACAUUUAGUCUGGAUACUUCCAUGAAUAUGAAUAGCAGCCCGAUAGCAGGUCCAGAGAGUGAGCACCCAAAAAUCAAGCCUUCUUCAUCUGCCAACGCCAUUUACUCUCUGGCUGCCAGGCCUCUUCCUGUGCCAAAACUGCCACCUGGGGAGCAAGGGGAGAGUGAAGAGGACACAGAGUAUAUGACUCCCACAUCUAGGCCUGUAGGGGCUCAGAAGCCAGAGCCCAAAUGGACUUUAGAGGCAACCCAGAGUUCACGAGCAUGUGACUGUGACCAGCAGAUUGACAGCUGCACAUAUGAAGCAAUGUAUAACAUUCAGUCCCAAGCACUGUCUGUAACAGAAAACAGUACCUUUGGGGAAGGGAAUUUGGCUACAGCCCACACCAAUACUGGCCCUGAGGAAUCAGAAAAUGAGGAUGAUGGCUAUGAUGUACCUAAGCCUCCUGUGCCAGCUGUACUGGCUCGCCGAACUCUGUCUGACAUCUCUAAUGCCAGCUCCUCCUUUGGCUGGUUAUCUCUGGAUGGUGAUCCUACAAACUUCAAUGAGAAUUCCCAAGUUCCUGAGCGGCCCCCUAAACCAUUCCCUCGGAGAAUCAACUCUGAACGAAAAGCAAGUAGUUGUCAGCAAGGUGGAGGUGCCACUGCUAACCCUGCUGCCAGCACCCCCUCACCACAGCUCUCGAGUGAGAUUGAGCGUCUCAUGAGUCAGGGCUACUCCUACCAGGACAUUCAAAAAGCUUUGGUCAUUGCCCACAACAACAUUGAAAUGGCCAAAAACAUCCUCCGGGAAUUUGUUUCUAUUUCUUCUCCUGCCCACGUAGCUACCUAGCACAUCUCUUCCUGCCAUGGCUUCGGAGGACCCAUGAGCCCGGCUUUUACUUAAGGAGCACCUAGGAAAGCAGUGGCUUCUUUUGGGGCGUCACAGUGAGGUCCUGCCUUUUCUGUGGGUAUCGACACCCAUGGUUCCAAGAUUUCAAAGCAGUGGAAUGAAAAUGGAGCAGCUAGUGUGUUCACUGUUGUAUUGGUCUUGAGUGUGUUUGUUGUUCUUCGGUCCCCAUUAGGAGAGAAUGGGUUUUUAUUAAAUGGUAACCUACCCCUGGAAUAGCACAGGAAGCAGUAGAAGUGCUGUGCUGUAGCCCUAGCUAAGGACUUAAGACUUUCCUGUUAAGGGUGUGUCUGUCUGUCUGUCUGUCUGUGUGUCCUAUGAUUAUAAGAUUAUCCUGCUGUGUGUGAAUCCAGGCAGGGAGUUAGCACAAGAGCUUCAGGAAGGAAUCUCUGAAGACUCCCAUCUACUGUGGUAUUGCACCUAACCCUGCUGGAUGUUAUAACCUCAACACUCCCCUUUGGCUUAGAUUAUCAUGAGCUUAGCUAAGUCUUUUAGUGUCCGAAUACCUUCUUCCCUUUCCCCUGGAGACUCCUAACUCUACCCCUCCUCAUUGGUGUCUGUAGGCUUACAGUGAUCUGAAGCCAGGCAGCUUACAGGAUGUUCUUUGUGGUGUCUGAUGGUGUUAGUUUGUUUGGUAGAAUAGGUGGGAAGGAAAGUACAGUUCUGUGGUUUAGUUAUGAUUGAUGCUAACAGCUAACACUGGUCACUCCAAAGUGCUAUUUCUAUAGGAAUGUUGAAUUUGUUAAAAUAAGAUGUUUGAAUUCUCCUAAUUACCUAAUGACUGGUUUGAGAUAGAGGCCUUUAUGUGCAUUCCGUGUCUUCCCCAGGAAUUAGUCUGUGGGAGUCUGUUGCCUUGGUGUCAGGUAUGUGUUUCUGAUAUAGAUCAUGAGUCUUUCUACCUAAUAGGAACAGUAAGAAGAACAUUUGCUUCCAAGGUGGCUUUCCAGGCCAAUUACCAUGGAGUUUUUAGGAAGCUUCAGUCACAUACUACUUAGAUUUACAAAAUAAACCAGUAAGGAUUUACCUAUUCAGUCUUUCUUGCCAGUGGUUAAUUUCAGCUUAGGGAUUUCUCCCUUGAAUAGGAGCAAGGUUAACCUUUCAAAAAUGAUCUCUUUAGGGAUAACCCUAACUACCUUACAGCAUUUGCUGAUGACUAGCGCCUUUCCUGCUUUGGUGCCACCCAGUGACUUGGUUGCUCAUGUGCCUAGGGCUUUGGGAAUGGUUUCUCUUUCUCCUUCCUUGUCCCUUUAUUAGGUUCUGGAUAUAAUCACUGCAUUAUACACAGUAUUCCAGCAUUCAUUGAAAUCUUUUAGUCAAAGACAACUUGGGACAGUGUAUAGUUUGUAUUCACAAGUUCAUCAAGAUUUGGAGUCAGUUUGGAGAUCUGCUUCUCAGUCCCUGUUAUGACCCCUUGGGUUCAGUUAGUUCUCUGACUGGGGACUUGCUGCACCCCCCCCCCCUCGGUAGCAUUGCCCUUUCUCUUGUCACAUGUAAACUGGUUUUCAAAUGAUUCCACUCGAUUCUUUAAGUCCAGACAGAAGUGACCCACUAAAGUUACACUUUCUUUCCAGUCUUAACAUCUUUGCAACUAAAACCUUUUAAACUCCCUUGGUUUCUGGAUGCUUCAAGGUCUUCAGAUUUUCUCCUCUUGCCUCAGAACUGUUUCUGUUCCCGGGGCAGGCAUUACAGUAUUUUAUAUUGACUUGCCAUGGUUACCUAGUGUCUCUUCUAAUGUAGCAGUGAGUAGGAAACAAUAGCUUACCCACCUCAAAAAGCUUUCGACAUCCAAUUUUGUGUUCCUUUGAAUAUUGAAAACCUUAGCCAAUCUUGGUGACAUGUCCCUGUAAUCUCAGCACUUGGGAGAAGGUUGCAAGAAGAUGAGAAGUUCAGUGUUAGCUCAACUUUUGUCUCAGAACAAGCAACAGGGGUUGAAGAGAUGGCUCUUCUGUUAAGAAUGAUUGUUCCUGCAGAGGACCCAGGUUUGGUUCCUAGCGUCCACAUGGCAGCUCAUGACCAUCUGUAACUACAGAUAUAGAGGGAUCUGAUGCCCUCUUCUGACCUCUGUGGGCACCGGGCACACUCCUGGUAUGCAUACAUACAUAUAUACGCAGACUGAACAUUCAUAUACAUAAAAUUAAAUAAAUGUUAAAAAAAAGUAUAAAAAAACAAAACAAAAAAUUGAAGACAGAGAACUAGGAAAAGGCUAUAGGCUUAUUUUGUCUAUAUUGCAGUGUUUUCUUUCCCUACAGACAUUAUCCACUGUCUGGAGAUCUAUCAAGAAAAUAAAUCAUUGGCUACAUUAGUUUUGCCUUUUCUGUGUAUCCAAGUCUUCUGUAGAGGGCUAAGGAUAUAGUUCAGUUGGUAGAGUGCUUGUCUAGCAUUCACAAAGCCAUGGUUCAAUCCCACACUCUGUAGAACAAAUUGUGCUGAGGCACAUCUCUAAUUACUAGUACUCAGGAGGCAGAGACAGGUAUUCGAAGCUCAAAGCCACUCUUGCCUACGUAGCAAGUUUGAAGCUAGCCUGGGCUACAUGAGACCCUGCCUCCAAAAGAAAACAAAAACCAAAUCUGUGGCAAUUACUGCCCUUACUAUCUAGGGAAAUGACAGUUUUGUCCUGUCUUCUGUUGAGUACCCAUGUGAGCUCUGAAGUGGUCGGGGGUGAGGUGUUCAGUCCCUAUGUUGGACAGGCACAUCUUUGAUUAGUUUGGGUGUUGGUUUAUCAGAUGUAAAUCUGCAGGCAUCAUGGUUUAAGAUUAUUGUGUGUAGGCCUUUCCUUUGCUUCCAGGACUUGCUGGGGCCCGUGCCUGAUAUUCUUAGGCAACCUUAGGAGAUUUCAUGCCACUCAUUUUGAAGAUAGUCUCCAAAUUUGAAUUUCUUUUUCCUUUGAAGGCACCAGUAAUCCAUUCUUCAUUUUCCAUUUGUAUGGUAAAUUUUAUUCCUUGGCUCUUCCUCUGAGUUUACCUAAAAUUGCCCUUUCAUAAAGAAGCUUUGAGUUUUGCUCUUUUUUUGGCAAGCCCAUCCCUUUUCCCUGCUCUGUGUUACAAUUAAGAAAACAGCUUUAACAUUUUCCUUUUCCUCAAGUUCAUUAGGCUGGUUUUAUUCAACAGAGUCCACUGCUCUUUCUGUGUCUUUGUAGGUUGCUUUACAUGCCACCUUUUUGAUGGGUCACUAUCUUGCCAAGACUCAAGGCAAGAUUUUUCUAGUCCAGUCCUAGGAUUAGACUUCUCUAGCUGCCCUCCCACUGUCCUUUUAAAGUGAAAAGUUCUUAAAAUGUUUUUUAAAACCUGCAGGUUCUGACCUAUACCUCCUAGUUAACAGACUGGGCAGCUCAUGACCUCAGCCUUUGUAUGUUAGUAUUUAUUUAAGCAGUGAAUUGACCCUGGCUGACCAUUUUCCUUAACUUACUCCCCUCUUCCUCUUCCAGCCCCUCCCUGCAUACUCUGCCCUUUUGUCUUUCUCUUUCAAUUCUCAGACCUACCACUGGACCAUAGUAUGUGAUAGUAGUACAGCUGUUCUGUUGGUUUUGUUUUUAUUUUUAAAACUGGGGAAGGGGUCUGGGAUAGGUAGGAGUCACUUCUUCAUAUUUAAAAUAUUUAUUUCCUGUGGGAAAGAAAAUGAGUUUUAUGGUCCAGUUAAUUUUUGUAAUAUAACUUGCUUGCAGACCAAACCAGGGACCAGCUGUGUAUUCCUUUUAUGGCACUAUUAACAGGAUUUAGCCUUUCUGUGAUGAUCAGCAAUGGUGUUGAUGCUGAAUGUUCUCCUACCUCACAUCAUGAGAAUCAGAAGGCUAUUGGCCUUUUCAGACUUUCCUUCUUUCUGUUGGCCUUUCUGACUCUAGAAUGACCACUCCACUGAAUAGAGUAUUCUAACCACUGUCCUGGCUAUAACAGUUUGCUAAUUUCUGCAAAUAUUGGAGUGAUUACUAUGUAUUUUUCCCUGCCACCUCAUGGUGGUUUACUGGUGUUGGAAAGUUAAGCAUGGGCUGUCCUUAACUCUGUGCUUUUGACCAUAUAUAUGUUUAUUCACAACUCUUUUAUACAGAAUAACCUUUCCUUAUAGAGCUGUUCUGUUUAAAAUUGGCCCAAGACUUUCCCAUUAACCCCUGUUAUCUUCCUGUAGCUUGAUAAUAUUUGGGAGAUUCUGUUGUGUAUACCUCAUAGAUUAUCCUAUUUUGCUUCAAAUUUCAUAAUCUCUUCAGUGGGUUGUGGGUCCACUGAGUGCGAGUUGUACAGUAGAGCACUAAAUGUUUAAGCAAAGCUUUUGCUGCAGUCUGCUUUCCAAUCCAGUGCCUUCUUUAUCUUUUUACUGAGCUGCUUUUGCCCCCUGUCCUCCUUGUUGGAAAGGUUUUGUUUUACCCUUAUGGCACCUGUCACCUUACAACUUGAAGUUUCUCUUUUUCCAUUCUCCAACAAACUUUGUAGCUAAUUCUGUCUUAAGAGAGGUGGAAAGGAGAAAGGGUGAGGACCCGAUUCUCAGUCUGGCCUUGUAGGAGCUGGUCAGGAACUGAGGCUGGAUUCUGUCCACAGUAGCCUUCCCAAAGCAGGCAGCUUAUUAGAAGUACCAGAGCCUUCCUGCCAACGUUAUCAUCUGGCACUUGAAGCUUCAAAAUUCAACUGAAGUACUCAGGCACUACACAGAGCAUCUGGAUUCAACUGUGAUCUCAGUCACACAUGGGCAGUCCUUCUGUUGGAAUGCACAAAGCUAUUUAAUGCAUGAGAGGCUUGGUUCUGGUAUAUUACUGGACUGGAAACUUUAGACUUGGUCCCUCCUCCUACUUCAGAGUGGAUUAAUAUACAUGACUCCAAAACAGGUACCCUUGUCCUUGAGUUCACUUGAUCUUCUUAAAAUGAAUGGGAUUCUUUAGAAAAACUCAAUAAUUCUUGGAAAGAACAGGAGACUAUCAAACCUGUCUACUGAUUAUAUGGGCCAGACCAGGCACCCUGUGAGGGAGUCUUUGCUGGGCUAUAUCUCUUGAGGGGAUCUGUUCACCAAGCUGGAACUCAUGGAGCACGCCUGUCUUUCAGCUCUUGGGAGGUAGAAGUAGGAGAAUUAGGAAUUUUAGGCCAGCCUUAGAUACAUUAAUUGCAAGGUGAAGACCAGACUGGGCUCUAUGAAUGUCUUGCAUGUUCAUGGAGACUAUUUUCUUCUCUUCAUUUCCAGCAACAGGGAAAGCAGCAUUAACGUUUGGUGCAUGAGUGGAGAUGCUCUCUUUAAAUGUGAAUUGCUGAUGGAGUAGCUUCACCUCCAGUGGGCCUUUGGUUCUUCGCUGUAGUUUCCUUUAUGUCUGAUGGUUGAAGGUGCAGUCUUUCAUUGUGGAAAAGUUGUGUAGGCAGGAACAUGAGGUAGCUAGUCUAGUCACAUUGUGCCAGCAGUCAAGGAGCAGAAGACAAUGACACUUAGGUUAUAUUCUUAAGAAAGAGUACACUCAGAGCGAGAAUAUUGAUUUGAGGGUUCAUACCCCCACUGGGCCUUACAGAGAGAACAGAUUGUGGCAGGUUGAGAGCUUUCAAGGAGAGAUAUGCAGAUAUGCAAAGGGACUUCCAUGCUGGAAGCAUAGUUGCUGUUCUGCUAUUCCUAUUCAUCUGGGAAGUUGAAGAAAUCCUUUUUUUUUUUUUUUUUUUUUUUUUUUUUUUCUCUGUUGUAGUUCAGGGUUUCUCUGUGUAGCCCUUAGAUGUCCUAGAACUUGCUCUGGUGAUCAGGCUGACCUUGAACUCACAGAUAUCCAUACAUAUGCCUGCCUCUGCCUCCUGAGUGCUGGGAUUAAAGGCGUGCAUCACCACUGCCUGACUGGAAAUCCCUAACUUACUCAGCAUCACUAUCGUCUUUGCUUCUUCGUUUCUUCCUGUGUUCUCCUUAGAGUCUUGGCACCCACGAUUGCUUUCUCCACUCAUGAAGCCCUCUAGUCUGUUCUUGAGUGGCAUUUCUUAGCCUCCGUUCAACUUUGGGUCUCCCUGAAUGUUGCUUAGAGUGUAGAUCCUAGUUUCAACUGUAACUACUACCUUUAGGCUGGACUGUCUUCUGGUUUUAAUGCUGAACACCUGUGCAUUCUGUGGGCUCUUGACCAGUUUCCUGCAUCCCCAUCCUCUUCAUUUGCCUUUCUGUGAGGGAACCUACAAUAAUGUUCUUAGUUCUGCUUAACAGGCACCAUUGGAUUUUUACCAGGAUACAGGUAUUUUCAGUGUUGAAUAGAGCUUUUUCUGUAAGCUCCUUAGACAAGCUACCUUUAUCUUCCCUAUCUCCUUGGUUCUUCUCUAGUUCUGUAAUAAGUGUGGUGGUUUUUGUUUGUUUGUUUUGUUUUGUUUGUUGUUUUGUCUUUUUUUUUUUUUAGGGGUGGAGGUGGGGAAAGUAAAACUAUGCUUCUGCUUGCCUGGAUCUUUGGUAUCCCAUCUUAGAGCCUGCCCUGCAUUUUAAGGCAUAUCAUACAUACUACCCUGCUUUUAACUUAUAAAUAAAUAUUUCAGUCAUUUGGUAUACACAGGAGUAACCUACUAAUCCAAAGAUACACAUUGAGGCACAUAGGAAGGACAAGAGCUGGUCAUCAGAUUUUGCAUUUGAUGUCUCACCUAGGCUUCUGAAUGAAGGAGCAGAGGGACAGUAGUGCCAUGUGCCUUCAGUGUCCCAGGAAAUCUGGUUGGUUGCAAGGGAAAGUACCAGUAUUUCUUGGUUCUAGUAAGUAGCACAAGACUUAAGAGAUGGAGAAAAGGAGGCAGGGAGGGCCCUAUGCAUGGUUUUGUGCCUGAUGAAGAGCACCAUGGGGAGGGGCCAGUUGCCUACCAACAGCUGCUUGGAGAUCUUGUAGCCUCGUCCCUGUUUUAGUGCUUGAGAAAAAUGUAGCUGACCAUUCCUUGUGUUGUACAGAGCCCAGGCUGAGCGCCAGCCUCACAUCUACUGAUCUGGCAGCUAAACAAAUCAAAUCAACCAAGAGUUGUGAUCACCUUGCCCUGCAGUCCUGAUUGAGUCCCACAACUGAAUGUGAGAGGCAGACCUCCACAUUGUGUCCAAUUUUCCUGCCCUCUAAAACAGAAUGGAGGCCAGAGGAGGGGAUUGCUCAGUGCAUGCAGUGUACAGCUCCUCAGGCUCACAUUGGCUCCCCACAUGGGCCCAGAAUUGGGGUGUGUGGUGCCUGUGUUGCUCCUUCCCCACUACCUCUUGCCCAGUAGUGGAGAGGGUGAUCAUGUUUUGGCUGGCUUGAAGUGGUAAGAGCCUCUCCCCUGCUCUCUGGGCUAGUUGAGCCCUCCCUGCAGUGCACACACAAGAGAAACCACCGCCUCCUGGCCUCCUCGUCAACACCCUUAAGUGGGAAGUCUGACCUCUGCUGAGACAUGCUGGGCAUGGCAGCUGUGAGGUACCUCCUACAUCUGCUUUCUGGCUGUGGUGACUUGGGAUUUUUAACCUUAUAUAUCUUUUUCCUUUAUUCAAAACAAAACAAUUUUUAGCACACUGAAAAAAAAAAAGCCAAAUGUUUUGUGCCUUUCUAAGGCAGCGCUGUAACCCAGGCUGCAUUUUAGGACUUAAUAUGGAAAUACCAGAGUCUGAGCUCCUCUACCUUGAAUAUCUUUAGCCCUAGAGUCUGGGGGACAAGGAUGUCUGGCUGGAGAGGUGGCACAUAGGUGCCUAUAGUCUCCUUUCUGUGCCAUGAGACUUCAUUGGAAAAGAGCAGCAUUUUAUCCUGGCAUCCAUUAGUUGUUCCAGGCAGGGUUAGUGUUCCACUGCUCUAAUGCCCCACUCGUGCAGCCUCUGGGUAGCAGUGCCCUGCCCAGUGGGGCUAUAGUGUAACUCUCCUAGGAAGGGGACAGAUGAUUUUUUGUUGUCUUUCCGUUUUGCUGGAUCUUGAACCAGCUUCAACCUCCUGCCUCUCCUCAGACUUGGUUUUCCUUUCAUUUGAAGGCUUCAACCUUAAAGCAUUAAGUGGCUGGUACCCUCCACAGGGUCUGCUUGCACCCUGGCAAGGGCAGUAGAACCCAGAAGCCUGUCACUCACACUGUCAUAGGUUUCAACCACAAGUUUUCUUACCCUCCCUUUUCCUGUUUCUCCCCUGCCUGUAGCUAACAAAGAGUAUGGGGGAGGGGGUAGAAAUAGUUCUUUUAAAAGCCCUCCUCAUUCAAGAUUUUAAAAUUCUUGACUUGGGUGGGGCAAGAGAGAACUUGAUAUUUUCCCCAGAAUAGAGUCCCAAUUUGUAUAUCAGUGUUAAGAAAACAAAACACACUUAGGUGAGAUUCUUGUGGACUAUUUUUUAAAUGUCAUUAAUAUAAAAAGAUUUCUAUUAGCAGUAUUUAAUCACUCUCCUAUAAAGAGCAGACAGAGGUAAAUACUCCUGCAGAGUAGCAGAGCUUUAAGACUCGAUCUCUCAAGUCCAUGUUGUUUUGCCAGUGUACUUAUGUGUAGAGGUCUGUUAUACUAAUUAGAGGUCUGUUAUACUAAUGUUAUUUAUUAAUUUUUUUCAUUUCCAUACAGUUAACUAAAGAGCUUUUUCAAGCACCCAUGUCUGUAAAAAAAUAUUUUUAAAUAAAAUUUCUUUUGUUGUAGCA